UUAUCUUUUCCGUAUCCUAAUCUCAGUGUACUUUUGAUGGUUAAAUUUGUCUAUAUUUAUUUUCCUUCAGUUCUCUUUUUUUGUGCAAAUAAUAUUUAAUUUUUGUUAACGUUUCAAUGUAGUUCUUUGAGUAUAUAUUCACCAGAAUGGAGGAUGAAAUAGAGGAAUGUAUAAGAAAAAAGAUUGUUUGGUCUCAGUUGCCUGCGACUGUCAAAAAGCAAUUGGGAGAUUCACCUAAGGAAUAUGAGCGAUAUAUAUUUGAGUUUAGUAUUAAGAAUCAAAUACGCUAUAGGGGAAGCCUAGUGCGAACUGUCCGGAAAGAUGAAAGGAAAUACUAUGAGACCCUUGUGCAGAGCAGCAUACAAAGACUCAUGCUCUACCCAUAUCACUUAGCCGACAUGAUUGUGAAAGGGCUGAGGAUUACUCCCUUUAUAUAUUAUGUGGAAGUGGUAGCAUUGCUGAUUGAAUUGGAGAAGAGUUAUGACACAAUGCCUAACUUUACAGCUGCUGAUUGUCUCCGUUUGCUAGGCAUAGGCCGUAAUGAGUAUUUAGAACUGGUAGCGAAAGCCCGCUCGCUGGGGCGUCGCGGCCGCUCCAAAGCUAUUAGAGCACUGUUGCCUCGCGUGCCGCUUAACAUACCGAUGCAGCCGUGGUGGCGCGUCGAGUUGGGAUAUGUACUAGAAGAAGAUGUUAAGCCUUUGAGUGAGAGCGAGAAGGCGCUAAUAGAUUUGCUAAUCGACCGCGGCUCGCAGACUGCAGGCACCCUGGAUUAUAACGUCGUCAAAACUUUGUACAGGCGCGGCCUAAUAUACCUGGACGUACCAAUAACAGCGGCUGAUAAGGUCUCCGUCCCGCCGCUGAAGGGGUUUGUAAUGAACCGCAUCGCUGGAGAUUACUUCGAGACAUUGCUGUACAAAGUGUUUGUAUCCAUCGACGAGCAUACUUCAGUUGCGGAGCUUGCGUCCGUCCUACAAGUGGAGUGCGAGCUGGUGAAGCAGGCGGUGUCGUUGUACUGCCGGCUGGGGUUCGCGCGUCACCUGCAGCCCCCGCCGCAGGCGCAGCACCACCCCUCGUGGCGGGACGCUGUAACUACGCAUAACCAUCAGCCGUAUCGACAAAUCGCGCCACUGACAUUUGAUCCAAAUGCGGACGAUGACGCGUUGCAGAUGGAACCAGUACUAAUUAAGCAAGAACCAUCUACUUCCCACCAAAAGAUUUACCAAGAAGUGUCGGAAACAUCGAAUAAUGGUGGCGGUCGGCGGGUCGCUGUUCUCUUCGACUCCACCUUAGCUGCGUAUCUUAUGAUGGGAAAUUUGUCACCGGAUCUAAAAAGCCAUGCUGUAACAUUAUUUGAAGUUGGCAAAUUGUGUGACGAAAGUUUGGACAGUUUGCUUAUGGAGUUGGAUAAGGUGGCUGCAGACCCAGAAAUCGAAGGCGAAGCAAGGCGGUAUUUAGCAGCUGCAGCGUGCUUACGGAUAGCGUUGCGGACAUUGCGACCGAAGCUGCGCCCUCUAGAUUUGUUGCGCUGUGAAGCGCUGCAUGCGCUCGGGACCACUGCACGGGCGCGAUUACUCGCUACAAAAUACCGACUAGCGCUGUCGACGGCGCCGCUUGGACGGGCGGCACGCGCGGGUGUAGUGGCGGGCGGGCUGCCACACGUGGGGCCCGCGCCGCCCGAAGCCUCCGAACCGUGGAUGCGACUCUACCUGUACCACGUCGCCGGCUACGGCCCGCCUACCCUGCUCCUCACUAAGGGCACGGUGCUGCGCAUGGUGCCGCGGCCGCUGCUGGGGUUCGCGCGGCUGUCGGUGUGGUGGUGGGGCGCGGAGGGCGCGGGCGGCGAGCUGCCGGCCGCGGCCGCGCUGGCCGCCGCCAACUCGGCGCUGCGGCGCGCGCCCGUGCUGCUGCAGGCCGUCGGCGUGCGACACGCGCCUGCGCUUACGCACCUCAUGUUCCCGCCACACAACGAACAUUGCUGUGCUGAGUCGCAAGCGCUGUGGAGUCGACACGCGGGCCUGCGACGACUGCUGGCGCGGCUGCGGCUGUCUCGCUCGGCCGGUUACGUCACGCUCGCCGACAUCGGCGUGCCCGACCUCGGCUGCGCGCGCCCGCCCACUGCCGUGCAACUAGUCCCAGUUCGAAAGAAAAAAGAAUUUUGUGGCGUAGCUAAACCCGUAGGUGAGGUAUCGGUGUCAUCGACGGACUCAACUGAGAAAACUAUGGCAGAAUAUAAAACGGCAACAGCCAGACUACAGUCACCGAUAGAAUCGCACUUUGCUGUCACACCAACAAUCGACAGUAAGAACAGCUCUCCAGCAAACGGGUUCACGAGCGUCGAAGGCGGCCAAUUACUGUGCGAGGAGCUGGACAAUUUAGCAAUAAAUGAAACAAAACCGAUACAUCAGAGCAAAGAAUCGAUUGCUUGUAGCGACGAUAUCAUACCUAUACAUUCCUCGUCGACAAGUAUUGAAGAUUUAAAGAAGAUCGAUAGUAAAAAACAUUCCACCGAUACAUUGAGCAAAGAAUCGAUUACUUCCGAUGAUUUAGUACCGAUACACUCCUCGUCGGUCAGCAUCGAGAAUUUGAAGUUUGACAGUAAAAAGGAGAGUGAGACGGCGAGCGAGAAAUCGAUGAAUCAGUUGAAUGAUUUGUUGAGUCCCGCAGAGGAGUCGAUAUCUAUGUUCACUCAGCUAUCAGAUAAGUUGACAGAGAUGACGGCAGAGGGCGACAGCGGCGUCGAUACAGCACACAAUUACUCCGACGAGGAGACUUGUAAGCCAGAGAAAUGGACUAUAUUGGAUCUUCAAUUCGGCAUUCCACUCUUUGAUGAAACACUUUGUGAGAAGAUUUGCCAUUGUAUAGUAGAUCGUAUAGCUAAACCAGAAUUAUUAGAGAAAGUGAAAGAGGACAAUGACUUUAUUCGAUCAGAUGUACUUAAGUUUGUUUCACAAUGUCAGUAUUACCCAGGGGAGGACAUGGGAAUAGUAAAACGUGGUAACUUAGUACCAUUACCAAGGAAAUGUCUCGUAUUUGAAAAUGGACGUAUAAGCGAGUGGAAUGGGAAAUGAUGACAUCUCCCUUGCACACGCCAUAUCUACCCAUCGAUACAACUGUGUGAAUGAGACAAAUAUAUUUGUGAUUUAUUUUGAGCUUUACUAGAGAUUUGAAUAUAGUGUGGUGAAUCAUAUAUAUAAUGUAGAGAUUUACUUGUUUUCCAAUUAGUAACAUACAUUUUUGUGAUUAAACCGAAAUAUAUUUAUUAUAUUAGUAUAGUAAAAUUUAUACCCAAUAAUUAGCUUGUAAUAUAAAUAGUUUUCUUUUUAUAUGUUUUAGUAUUUUGUUAAUAGUAAUUUUAAAAUAAAUUUUAUAAUAAUAAAUUACAAUUACAAUUCUUGUUUGUACUAUGUUUAUGUAGGCACGAUAGUUGUCAUUGGAUGCUAAUUAUAAUCAAAUAACCUAGGCUGUACUCACUGUCUAGUGAUUAAUAAUUAUUUUGUUCGUUUUGAACAGUUUUUUUUUAAAUAAAAUAUAUCUAAAUAUGAACAAUUUUAUACAAGUAUAUAUUACAGUUCUAUCGACACGCACAGAUGCAAUAGACUGCUUAUUAUUUUUAUUCACAGACCUUAUACAAAUUCUAUGACCGAUUUUAAAAAAGGAACAGGUUAAUCGUUUGGUGUAUAUGUUCUUUAUUUAUCUUGAAAAGAAUUAAGCAAGUUGACUUAAAAAAAUAAUGUCUGCACAUGUAUUUCACUUUAUUUCUAUUGAAAGGGUUUGCUUUCUUUCAGGCUGGUAGUGCCCACGAAAUGUUACUGGAUAUUUGCUUAAUUGAAUUUAAAUCAUGUUUUUAUCAGUCUAUAAUUAAAUAAAACUAUUUAUUAAAUACCGAAUUGCAGCUUUAUGUUAAGAUUUCGUAGAAUAAUUAACAAAAUAUGAUGUUCUUUAUAUUUUUAUAUACAGUCUCUUAGAAUGCUUGUCACUAGCUGUAGAAUUAACAUUGCUUUUAAGUAUGAGUUCUUUAUUUUCUGUUCAAAGAAUUUUGUUAUUUUAUUACAGAAUAAUAAUGUUUUGUAUAUGAUUAUUAUAGUUUGUGUAUAUCCUAUGUUAAGGCCUUAAAAUAUAUUGUAUGUUCCUAGAGUAAUAAAUUUAGUAAUAAUUACAUAUUGCCAUUGUAACUAAUGCGGUAACGCGAUAAUUCUAAGAUAGAAAGAGAGCAAAGAUCACUAUAAUUUAAUUUUUUUAUACUUGGUUUAUUUAGUAAUCAAAAUUAUAUUGGAUAGAAUAUACAAAUAGAAUAGAAAGCUUUUUGUGUUAAUUGGUCAUAUCAAAUUUUAUUUUUCGUGUCAUAUUUUUAGUGUACAAUUUAGAAUAAAUGACAUGCUGUGAUUGAUGACAAAAUUUAAAUAUGCCAAGUAUAAAAAUAAUUAUAGACAGAAAGAACGAAAAAAACGUGUCCUCAACAUCCAAAUGCUAAUAGCGUAUAAAAAAAUAUCGAAUACUGAUUAAGGCCGCCCUUGUGAUCGCAAUGUCAUAUUCACGUUUUAUUUUACCUGUGACAUUAACUUAAAAUCUAUUCCAUAAUUACAUUAUAAUUGUGAACAGAGAGUAUAGUACUAUAAAGAAUCGUUAGAUAAUGUAGUAAUAAUUGUAAUAAAUAUUUUACUUCAAAUUUAUUUAUAACUUGUUGUUUCAAGAGAACUUAGUACGACCAUAAGAUAGUCUGUACAUGUCCGAUAGUAGUACAAAUAAAAAAUCGAUUAAUUGAUGGAAUGUUGCAAUCAUUCACUGAUUUCAUUAAUAUAUGUUUUAAUCAAAUUCUAUUGAAAUUGACUAUAUCAAUUUUAAUACGUGUAUAAAGUUUAGCAAGGGCCUCUUAUUACUCAUUUGAUUCUCUAGAAAAAGGAGACAGUGUAAUAAUAAAAAAUUGCUUUACUAUUGAACGAAAUGAAGUCUGUAAGCAAUGGCAAAUUAUCUUUUAAUGAUUUAUGGUCCUAUUUAUGUUAUAAUUUGUUUAUGAUUUUUGUAUGUAUGCACUGCGAAUUGUAACAUUUAUAAACUAGUAAUAUUGUAAUAUUAAAUAUCCCUACAUGACUUUUAUGUUAUAGAAUUAAGUAAACAUUUUGCCCAUCUAUAUUGGAGAUAACAGAAAAUAUGUUAUACAGUCUAUAACUGUAAAUGACCCGAGUUAGGUAGACUGGGACAAAAUAUUAACCACCGUUAUUCAUAAAAACUAAAACUAGCUUUGUAACCUAUUUUAACAUUGUUUUAUCACUUUCUUUCAUGUAGGGAAUUUAGUGCAAGAAAAAGAGACAAGACAAUAGCUAAAACAAGUUUAUGAGAGAGAGAGGCCGCGCAAACUUAAUAAUUUUGGGAACCCCCGGUUUGAAUAGUAACGUUAACUAGUGAGGUGUUAGUUGAAAACUGUUAUUGAUGUGUUUAGAUUUACUACAAAACACACACGUAAUAUUAUGUGCACAAUAAUUGUAUUAUUAUUUAAUGGCUAGUCAGAAUUAAUCAACUGUCUAAGUAUUGAGACUCUUCCAUAAAAAAUAAUAGGUAUUACCUAUCUAACAAGAAAUUUUUGUUUGUUAAUGUUAUAUAUAUAUAUAUAUAUAUAUAUAUAUAUAUAUAUAUAUAUAUAUAUAUAUAUAUUGUUUUUGUUAUAUACUUAUAGAUGAAUGGUAAACAAAUCUAUCUAUAGAAACGAUUAAUGUUCUCAUGAGAAAAACAAGAAAUUCACUUGCUAGCAAUAACGAAUUUCUUUUUUAUAAAUCAUUUAGGUAAAUGUCCUGGCUACGUUAUAUUGCAUACCUAAAAAUAAACUUUGUGUUCUGAGUAUUAAGAGUGUUUAUAAAUUUAGCUUACCGAAGUAGGGUAAGAGUCUGUAAUUAUCUGUCAAUUUAAAAAAAAAUACAAAAAUUUUCAGUGCUUUUGACUGAUUAUAUAAAAAGUUCUCAGUGAACUAAAACUAAUUAUGUAAUAAUAUUUUUAUAAAGGUUUCAUUGAAAAUUUGCAUUUUGAUGGCAAAAGUUUAUUUAAAUAAUAUCGAUGCAAAACAUGAAGUAGGUGCAAAUAUUUUUAGUUAUAGGUUUAUGUUUAACAUAUUCUAUGAUUUAUGUUCUAAUUUGCUUAACAAUUUUUAAAUGAUCAAUCAGAAACAUUGAAAAAUGACAGAUAUAAUAUUUACAAUAUGGUCAUCCUGAUUGGGCGCUCUUAAAUAUUUGAUUCAAAACUAUAAUUUUGAAGUGUGUACAUUCCUUGACUUGCGAUUUGAAGAGGGCAAUAAUUUUCAAUUAAAGCAUACUUUGUUGAAAUAAUAUAGUUCCAUGGUCUUUAAAAAAUCUGUUUUCUCAGUGUUCUGUUUAUAUGAUGUACAAAGGCAAAUUAGUCGGUAAUAAAUUCAAAAAUACAGAUUAGCGCAGACACAAAAACAAGGCAUUCCGUCCUUGAAAUAAUAUUAUGUAGGUAGGCAUAUAUAGUAGCCAUUUAAAAAUUAUAUUUAUGUUAAAAAAAACUAACCACUAACAAGCCUUGUUAUUGUUUCAUUAUUUUUAUUAUUUUAUUAAAAACUGUAAUAAAUCUGUUUCAAAAUAUA